CCCACCCUACACACACACAAAUACAGCCAGCCAGCGACCCCCAGCCAGAGGCUUGAUGCUCCAGACGAGGAGCGGGCCGGACCUGGGCGGGAGCUGGCCGGCAGGUAUCUCCGGGGGCCGCCGUGUCCGCAGACCUUUCCUCUGAAGUUGAAGCCACAAGCUUCCCCCUGCAGAGCUAUCAUACCGACUGUUGAACGGAUAUCCCAUAUUAAAUGCUGAUGCCUAUUGGAUUUUGGGGAAUCCUUGAACUGCAGAAUUCUGACAAACAGCACAGUUCCUUGGUCUGUCACUAAGAGCUCCGUCCACUGAUAUGUGACAGAAGACAGAAGCCUCAAAAUGACGAAUCAGGAGAAGUGGGUAAAUCUCAGUCCCUCUGAGUUUUCUCAGCUUCAAAAGUAUGCCGAGUAUUCCACUAAGAAAAUCAAGGAUGUUCUUGAAGAAUUCCACAAUAAUGGUGUGCUUGCGAAGUACAAUCCUGAAGGGAAACAAGACAUUCUUAAUCAAACCAUUGAUUUUGAAGGCUUCAAGUUGUUCAUGAAGACAUUUCUGGAAGCUGAGCUCCCAGAAGAUUUCAGCUCACAUCUCUUCAUGUCAUUCAGUAACCAGUUUCCGCAUUCCAGUCCUAUGGUCAGAAGUAAACCACCCCUUCUGUCGGGCGGCCUACGGAUGAAUAAAAGUACCAUCCCUUCUCCCCACACCUCUCCUGCCAAUCUACAGUUGCCGGAAGUCAUCCAGUUGAAAGACAUAGUGUGCUAUCUGUCUCUGCUGGAGAGGGGAAGACCUGAGGACAAGCUAGAGUUUAUGUUCCGCCUGUACGACACGGAUGGAAACGGCUUCUUGGACAGCUCGGAGCUGGAAAAUAUCAUCAGUCAGAUGAUGCACGUUGCAGAAUACUUAGAAUGGGAUGUCACUGAGCUCAGUCCGAUACUGCAUGAAAUGAUGGAAGAGAUUGACUAUGAUCACGAUGGCACCGUCUCUCUGGAAGAAUGGAUCCAGGGAGGAAUGACCACAAUUCCCCUUCUCGUUCUCCUGGGUUUAGAGAACAACGUGAAGGAUGACGGGCAGCACGUUUGGAGACUGAAGCACUUUAACAAGCCGGCCUACUGUAACCUGUGCCUGAACAUGCUCAUAGGAGUGGGGAAACAGGGCCUCUGCUGCUCCUUCUGCAAGUACACGGUCCAUGAGCGGUGUGUAGCGAGAGCCCCGCCCUCUUGUAUCAAGACGUAUGUGAAAUCCAAAAAGAACAUUGAUGUAAUGCACCAUUACUGGGUCGAAGGCAACUGCCCCACGAAGUGCGAUAAGUGUCACAAAACUGUAAAAUGUUACCAAGGCUUGACGGGACUUCAUUGCGUUUGGUGUCAGAUCACACUUCAUAAUAAAUGUGCUUCACAUCUAAAACCUGAAUGCGACUGUGGACCACUGAAGGACCAUAUUUUACCGCCCACGACCAUCUGUCCAGUGGUACUGGAACGACAAGCAACUGUGAAAAAAGACAAGAGCGGUUCACAGCAGGCAAAUAAACUAAGCGAUCGGAAUAAAAUGCAAAGAGCAAAUUCCGUGACUGUAGAUGGACAAGGCCUGCAGAUCACUCCCGUCCCAGGCACUCAUCCACUUUUAGUAUUUGUCAACCCCAAAAGUGGAGGGAAACAAGGAGAAAGAAUUUACAGAAAAUUUCAGUAUCUUUUGAAUCCUCGCCAAGUGUACAGCCUUUCUGGAAGUGGACCAAUGCCAGGGUUAAAUUUUUUCCGGGACGUUCCUGACUUCAGGGUACUAGCGUGUGGUGGAGAUGGAACAGUGGGUUGGAUUUUGGACUGCAUAGAGAAGGCAAAUCUAGUCCAUCAUCCUCCAGUGGCUAUCCUGCCUCUUGGAACGGGCAACGAUUUAGCACGGUGUCUGAGAUGGGGAGGAGGAUAUGAAGGUGAGAGCCUGAUGAAAAUUCUCAAAGACAUUGAAAACAGCACAGAGAUCCUGUUGGAUAGAUGGAAGUUUGAAGUAAUUCCUAACGAUAAAGAUGAAAAGGGUGAUCCAGUGCCUUACAAUAUUGUCAAUAAUUACUUCUCCAUUGGCGUGGAUGCAUCAAUUGCUCACAGGUUCCACAUCAUGAGAGAAAAACAUCCAGAGAAGUUCAACAGCAGAAUGAAGAACAAAUUUUGGUAUUUUGAGUUUGGCACUUCGGAGACUUUCUCAGCCACCUGCAAGAAGCUGCAUGAAUCCAUAGAAAUAGAAUGCGAUGGAGUUCAGAUAGACCUGAUCAACGUUUCUCUGGAAGGAAUUGCUAUUUUGAAUAUCCCAAGCAUGCACGGUGGGUCAAAUCUCUGGGGAGAGACCAAGAAGAGGCGCAGUCACCGUCGAACCGAAAAGAAGAGAUCUGACAAAAGAGCAACCGUCACAGAUGCCAAGGAGUUGAAGUUUGCCAGCCAAGACCUGAGCGAUCAGCUGAUGGAAGUGGUGGGGCUGGAAGGCGCCAUGGAGAUGGGGCAGAUCUACACGGGCCUGAAGAGCGCCGGCCGACGCCUCGCUCAGUGCUCUUCUGUUGUCAUUAGGACCAGCAAGUCUCUGCCGAUGCAGAUCGACGGCGAGCCGUGGAUGCAGACGCCCUGCACAAUAAAAAUUACACACAAGAGCCAAGCUCCCAUCUUGAUGGGCCCCCCUCCCAAAACUGGGUUUCUCUGCUCCAUCAUCUCCCGGACAAGACACCAGAGCAAAGAGUGAGCCUCCGGCCUCCAUUCUCUCUCCCCGGCCAAGAGCGUUUUGGGCACCUUGAGGCUUGAAAUCGGCUCCCAUUCCCUGGGACUCCUGCAAAGGCGGAAUCGUGGAAUUGGUUUCUCAGUGUCUGUGACAGAGCUAAUGAAAAUUCUGCUACUAGAAAAUUUAUUGUCAUGGUCUCAUAGGCAUUGCAUGAAGAAAGCAGAUGUUUACAUAAAGUGAUACUGCAUUUUU